AUGACCUAUUUCGUCCAACGGUGUCGGGCUGUCAUUUUCUCUCUCCACUCUGUUUCAGACAGAUACAAAAAUUAUAUAAGCCUAUGCUAUAGAUAUGUAUCUAUUCCGUUUACGCCUACUAGUCAUUCUUGACGACAUCGAAGCUAUUAGCAGUUCUGUUGGAUCAGAGUCCUCCCCUGUAGCCUCUCGCAUGGACUUUCAUGACCUCCCACAAGUGCCAUUUCUAGAUCUUGAGCUUUCGCAAUUCGACGACAACAAAUUUACUUUCCACCAUCUAAUGUUCAUGAUAGACCCCGGCGGCUCACUGCAGACCAAAAAUGCAUCCAUGAGGCCAAUAAGAAGCGCCUCAGUGACGGGAGGAAUCGUGGUGUCAUUGCGGGGUUCUAUGUUUAAACUUACAACGAGACUACAUAACUGCAUCAUCUCCAAUAUUGCUCGAGGGGCAGGAAAAUUUGUUCAGAUGUUCAGAAUGUUGAUCGACUCAGCAACAAACUACUACUCGCUCACCCUUCGUGCCAUCAACUGUAAUGCGGCACCAAUCGCGGAAAAAAAAACACAAUUCACUGUAGUUCACCGUCCGACAUGCCACUCACUGACAUUGAUCGACGAUUGCAUCCUACCAUGCCGGUGAGUCAUGCGGUUAAAUCCAGGAUGCAAACUACUCAUAUUCACAAUAACAUCGAUGAAUGUUGGGCACACAUUUCGGCCCAGCGCAGCACUUUACUUCGGAGCAAAGGAUGGGACAAUUAUCGUCGCUGGCAGAUAUCGAUGCUGUCAAA